AUGUCAAAGAAGAGGUGCAUUGCUGCUGAGUUGAUUGAAAUUGAAUAUUUUUUGCAGGAAAAUCUGUUCAUUUGCUCAAUACUGCACAGUACUAUUAUCAGGAAAUAACUGAGAAGUGACACAAAGCUGCUAAGAAACCGUUUAAAGAUUAUAACGCAACCAUUUCAUCUAAACAGAAAAUGGAACUAAACUUUUCUUUCUUUACCGGCUUAGGCUGUGGAUUAUGUAUCGGAAUCUCAUUAUUUGCACUAAAGAAGUAUUUCGGAGCCGUGGCUGAUGCUGGCAAAGCUGUGAAGAAGUAUGCCUCAAAACAAGAAUACAAACUCGUUCUGGUUGUACGAACAGACCUGAACAUGAGCAAAGGGAAAAUCGCAGCUCAAUGCAGUCACGCGGCAGUAGGUGCAUUUGAAAAGGCUCAGAAAAGGGACCCAGAGGGUUUAAAAACAUGGCAAUAUACAGGACAGGCUAAAGUAGCACUUAAAACAGACUCUUUAGAUGAAGUUAAACAAAUCUGUGAUAAUGCAAAGAAGAUGGGAUUGAUCACAUCAUUGAUUAGAGAUGCUGGCCGAACGCAAAUUGCACCUAAUUCUAUCACAGUAUUGGGUGUUGGGCCGGCACCUAAAGAUAUUAUUGAUAAAGUGACUGGACAUUUGAAACUGUUGUAAAUUAUUUAUUAAGCUUGAUAUUUUUUAUGUAAUAAAGUACAUACUUUAAGA